AUGUGGGUCUGCGGUACGUGCACGUACAAGCACCUGCCCCACGAGGCAUUCUUUCUCGCGUGUGCCAUCUGCGAUACACCAAAGGACUCGAGCAACACUGCCACGCCGGCCCUCCCCUCGCCGCCAGCUGCUGCCACGUCGGCCCUGCCGCCGCCGCAAGUCGCCGCCGCGCCGGCCCUGCCGCCGCCGCAAGUCGCCGCCCUGUCGUCGUCGCCGGCGCCGAGCGCGCCAUCGUCGCCCGGCUCGGGCGAGCGGCCGGCCAAGGUCGCGCGCGUCGUCGCGCCGGAGCUCAACGCCGCGGCCGGCGCGCCCGUCGUCGUCGCGACGCCGCCGCCGCCCGUCGUCGUCGCGACGCCGCAGGUCGUCGACCUCGCGUCGCCGUCGUCCGACGAGGAGGAGGCGGCGGCGCCGUCGUCCGAGGUGCCCUCGCUGUCGCUGCCCAGCGCGCCCGUGUCGGGGACCGUCGUCGUCCACGUCCUGGGCCCCGGCGGGUCGCCCGUCAUCGGCCUCGAGACCGACAUCGACAUGGCCCUGCGCCGCUCCCCGGGCGCCGCGGGCGCCGACUUCGACUUCGGCGGCUCCAAGAUCCUCGUCCUCUCCAGCCAGAUGCGGCCCGGCGCCGUCUACGACCAGGGCACGGGCUUCGUCCUCACGGACUACGCCCUGCGCAACCCGAGCGCCUGGGUCCCCAUCGUCUUCAACGAGGUCUUCUUCGUCAGCGCGCACCGCUUCUCCAUGGCCACGCUGCGCGCCUGCUGCGGCGGCGGCCACUUCGCGGGCUGCCGCGACAACUCCGCCAUCGUCGUCGGCCGCGUCAUCACGCCGGCGGCGGCCAACAACGUCUUCGCGAUCGUCGGCAUCGCCAAGGAGGGCCUCGGCUCGUCGGGCUCCGGGGCGCCCCACUACAUCGACGUCGACACGCGGGAGAAGACCAACGGCCUAGUGUCGUUAGGUCUUCUCUCGCGAGGCGCGGGCUUCACCACGAGCCAGCCCACGAACUACCGCCACCAGCUCUUCGGCUACCGCCAGAUCAUCGAGCUCACCGUCGCCUAG